UCAACUAAUCCUUGAAUGGGUCCAAAAACACGGCAAAACGAACAUCACCGACCUCGGAGUGAUCCUCCAGCGUAAGAACUCCCAAAUCUGGGAACGGUACCACCAAUUCCUGAACCCCAACAAUAGUAAGCUCCCCUUCAGCACAGAGGAAGAGAUCAAGCUGAUGCAGGCUUUCAGGCUGAACAACAGGAAGUUCUCCAAGACAGCUGUAAUGUUCCAUGAUCGGUCCAGGUUUAGCUGUAAAUACCACUUUUAUAAAAUCAUUAGAAGAGAACUACCCGAGCUCAAGAGACAUGAUAAGUAUAAAGACCUACUGGUUAAAGAAGCUAUGGUCUGGGACUGUGGUUCUGUUAAGAAAUUAAGAAAAUGGCCUAUAGAUGUCAUGCAGAAUAUCUGUGAUGUUAUUGCACAAAGACUAGACGAUCCACAUUAUGUACCUCCUAAGCCACUUGUUGAAGAGAAAGCCAAAUCACCAGUUAAAUUGACUGCUACUAGUCCCAAAAAGAUAGUUAAAACAGAUAGUCCAAAGAAAGAGACACCAGUGACAUUGAAAUCAGAGAUUAUAAAGAUUCUAUCGAAUGAAAACAAAAUGUUGAAAAUGAAAGGAAAGAGUCUUGAUCAAGAAUGAGAAUCAAAAAUGAUCAGAGAUCUUGAACUCUGGGUCAAAGGACGCGAAUUUAGUGAAAAAGGAAUAACUAAAUGGAGAGGCCGGUUUAAAUUUAGAAAUACUCCAGCCACUGCAAUUGAUAUCUCUGAGGGAGUAGAGACUUCUCCAACCAUUGCUGAUUCAGAUUUUGUGGACUUAAAACAAGAAGAUGAAGACUUAUACAUUUUUGAGGAGAAAGAGGAUACAAAAAUCCAAGAUCCAAAUCCCUCCCCAUUUUCAAGUCUUAAAAUUGCACAGAUCUGUAAGGAUUCCUGCAGCAUAGUUCAUCCAUACGAAUGGACCGUCGAUGAAGAGGUUCAACUAUGCAAAGCAAUGGAUAAGAUAUGAGGAAUGAAACUCAACACAGAGAUAUCUCAGAAGAACCUAGAAAAACUCGAAAAGAUCUUUCCUGGACGAAAAUCCUCUGAAAUCCUUAACCACUUCAGUAUGGUUAUCCUUAGAUGUAUCUGAUAUGCCAGUGAGAAAGCUUAGAACCUCACUAAAUAACCUAUUAAUAUAAUUUACCACCAAAUCCAAAUC